UAGAAGAAGAGUGUUGUCGUCGUAGCAACCGGAAGCUUAACGUUAUAGCGUAAAGACUGUCCCCGGGUUUUGUAGAUAAGUAUAACUGUUGCAUUAUAUUUAGUUUCUGCUUUGUCAUCUGUUAGAAACAAACUUACUUUCGGCACGCCAACUGAACUAUAUUAGCAGGUUUUAACACCUUUUAUAGAGCUGCUGCGUGCAUCCGCGUUCAAUGUCGGUGGUAAGCAGUCUGGUGCCAGCCCGUUUCUUGACUCUCAUCGCGCAUCUUGUGAUAGUCAUCAUCAUCUUCUGGUCCCGGGAGAACAGUGUCAGAGCCUGCCUCCCACUGGAUUACACUAAUGAAGAAUACAGCUUUGAGGACACACGACUUGUAGUGGCAUUAUCCGUGACCCUGGGCCUGUUUGCUGUCGAGCUGGUUGGGUUCCUCUCUGGAGUCUCUAUGUUCAACAACAAUCAAGCUCUUCUAUCUAUUGGAUGUCACACCAGUGGCGCUGUGGCUUUGCUCUUCUUCUUGUUUGAGCAAUGGACCUGCAGCAUCUACUGGUGGAUCUUUGGCUUCUGUAGUGUGAUUCCAGCACUAUAUGAGAUGAUCCUUUUUAUUGUAGUGUUUGGAUUUAAGAGGAAGCCUCUAUAAGGAUCUCUGCAUUCUUGGUUCAGGCGGAUAUUGUCCUUCCAUGACUUCCUGAAAUGAGAAUAAUAUUCACUGACACAAUGAAUAAGCAUUUUCGUAAAAUUAGUUCUUAGAUUGCGAAAUUAUGUUUGAAGGCUUUUUGAUGGUUUUAUGUGGUUACUAAAAACUGCUUUAAAUUUCUUUCUUGAAAAUAUCACAUUUUGUACAUAUUGUGAUGAAUUAAAGCAUUUUGUAUUUUGAUACAACUGA